UUCCCCUCCAUCCUCAAAGGCAAAAAACUGCUCCUCGCAACAGAGUCCUUUGGCCCAGUCAACGGCGUUAGCAGAACAACUCUCAAUCUCGUCACCUACCUGCGCAGCAAGGGCGUGGACGUCGCUGUCGUCGCGCCGGAGAUCAGCACCGGCUCUGAUUCGACGCACGUCGGCACCACAAACACAAACCCAGAUCACAUUGAAGUCCGCCUUCAAGGCUAUCCUCUGCCUUACAACCCCGAACUCUCUGUCGUUUACCCCGUCCGCCUCUCUCAACUGUACGCAAGGACUUUUCAAGGCCCACCAGAUCUCAUAUAUCUUGCGAGUCCGGCGAGUUUGGGAUUUCAGGUCCUGUUGCAGUUGAGACAGCAGCAGAAUCCUGUACCGGUGUUGCUUAAUUUUCAGACGGAUUUGAGUGGAUAUUGUGAGAUUCUCUUUCCUCGCCCGCUGGAUCAUUGGGCGGUAUGGGUUUUCCGCUCUGUUCAAGGAUAUUUGUUCCGCCAUCCCUCGGUGCGGACGGUCUUCUAUCCCUCGCUAUUCGUCCGGAAAUAUCUUGAGAAGGCUGGCGUUCAAGAUGGGAAAAUGAUGAAUCUCAGAAGAGGUGUGAACUGCGAGAUGUUCAACCCUGCGAAGAGAACGGAGAGUAUGAGGAAACAGCUGGCGCCGAACGGAGAGCUGAUUCUGACCUGUGUCUCCCGCUUGGCGCCGGAGAAAGGCUUCGAGUUCUUGAGUGAAGUGGUCAAGAAGUUGGAUGAGCGGGGCUUCGCAUUCAAGCUUCUCGUUGUAGGAGGGAACAAGAAUCUGGAGGUGGUAAAGAAGAUCAAGGAUAUGUUCGGGCACCUGAACGACGAGGGGAAGGUGACGUUCACCGGGAUGCUGAAGGGCGAGGAGUUGGCGAGAGCGUAUGCCGUCGGCGAUCUAUUCCUUCACUGCUCGAUCACAGAGACCUUCGGCUUGGUUGUAUUGGAAUCGAUGGCGAGCGGCGUCCCGGUCAUCGCUCGAGACGAAGGAGGCCCAAGUGAGAUAGUCGCGGACGGGAAAUCUGGAUACCUAGUCGCACCCCAAGACCUGGAAACUUUCGUCGAGAAAGUCCUGAAAUUAGGCAACGACGCCCAACUUCGAGAGCAGAUGGCGAUGGAGUCGCGGAAGAUGGCCGAGGAUGCAACUUGGGAGAAGAUCAACAACCGAGUUGCGUGGAAACUCGCUGAAGCAUUGGAGCAUCAACCAUGCCAACAACCAGCGCAGAGUAAUAACGCUAUCCCGAGUUAUAGCUGGCUUUUCCUAAGCCCGGAGCUGAGAGGGUGGUUGAUUAGUUUGAUUGUUGAUAUGAGGUUAGUGGGCGGCUUGGGCAUUAUUGUUGGUGUUUGG